UAAAGUGCUUGUAAUUCAUUAGGUAACUAGUACCCUAUAAUUGUAUUAUUAAACAAAUUUCUUAAAAUUGUAGAGAAAAAAAAAUAUUUUUUAAUUUUUUAUAAGUCAAAAAUUAGAAAAUAGUAUUUGUAUACUUAAUAAAUAAUAAAACAACAAAAAAAAUUUAUAUAUUAAUAAUAAUGGCAGUUCAAUCACCUAUUGAAAUAUCAAAUCGUGAAAUUGAACAUAAAGAUGAUAUUGAACCAUUAGAAUAUCAUGGUUAUUGGGAACCAAUUGGUACAGCAUUAUUAGAAAAUACUGGUUUAACAGUAUUAAUAACAUUUCGUGGUAAAAAAUUUCAACCAUAUAUAAUGGGUGGUAUAUUAAAUAAUAAUGAAAAAUAUAUAUUUGAACAAUUACAUUUUCAUUGGGCUGAUCAUGAUGAAUCCGGUUGUGAACAUACAUUAGAAGGUAUAAAAUAUUCAAUGGAAGCACAUGUUGUACAUUAUAAUUCAAAAUAUGAUAAUUUUGAUAUUGCAAAAAAUAAAAAUGAUGGUUUAUUAGUUGUUGCAUUUUUUAUACAAGCAUGUGGUGAUAAAGAAUGUAAAGAAUUUCGUAAAAUAACAGCUGGUAUUGAUAGAGUACAAAAAGUUUAUACAAGGACUUCAUUAGAUCCAGAUUGCCUCUCUUGGAUUGGUUUACAAGAAUUAAGUAAACAUUAUUAUACAUAUAAGGGAUCAUUAACUACAGCACCAUAUUUUGAAAGUGUUACAUGGAUAAUUUAUCGUACACCAAUCUAUGUUUCUAAAGGACAAGUUGCAAGUUUUCGCAAUUUACAAUCAUGUCCAAGAGAUGAGAAUAAACGUAUUGUAAACAACUAUCGUGAAAUACAAAAGCCAACAAAACAACCGGAAGUAAUUUUUGCAAGAAAUAUUGUAAAAAAAUCGAAAUUAUAAUCUAUUAAUAUAAAAUAUUAACACAAAUUUUUUCUAAAUAAAUUUUAAAGAUUCUGU